AAGCAUGAAAUUGUUACAACGAAAACGAACCCAACCUUGAGUAGAGUAAAAAAAAGAGAAGAAUUCUAGAACGUAAUAAUCAUAAACGACACUGCAGUUGAGAGGCACUUGUUUGUCCCCACUUCAAAGUAAUCAAUAAACGACACACCGUUUCCAUCUUCGCCUUCACUCUUCACAUCCGCUCUUAAAAGUUAAAACCGCUUCCACAUAAUUCCCACGCAGAACCCAACCAACUUCUCCCCGGCGAUGGUUCCGGAUAUUCCUCCCGAUCCACCACCGCAACUGUAAUUCCUCCGCCACCGCAACUAACAACUCCGGCGUAAACAAACUCACAAUGUCGUCAUCGCAAACCAUAAAACAAAAGGUGUUCACGUGUCUCACCAAACUCUCCGAUCGCGAUACUCACUCCCUCGCUGCAUCCGAACUCGUGACAAUUGCUCGGAGCCUUGAUACAACCACCGUGCCGGUGUUUCUCUCUUGCUUAUACUCCACCGAUGCUUCCGAUAAAUCACCCGUACGGAAGCAAUGUGUUUAUCUCUUCGGAAUACUCUCUGAGACACACGGUAACGCGCUUUCUCCUUACCUCUCCAAGAUCAUCGCUAACAUCAUUCGCCGUCUUCGUGACACCGACACGUCGGUCCGAUCCGCUUGUGUGAAUUCCGUUUCGGCAUUGGCUUGCCACGUCACCAAGCAACCUUUUCUUUCCUUUCUGAAACCGUUAUCGGAGGCUCUGUUCACGGAGCAAGAACAGAACGCGCAGAUUGGCGCUGCGCUUUGUCUAUCUUCGGCGAUCGACGGAGCACCGGAUCCGGACUCGGCUAGGCUGGCGAAGCUGUUGCCGAAGUUCCAGAAGCUGCUUAAGCGCGAAGUGUUUAAGGCCAAACCGGCGUUGUUGACGCUGAUCGGAAGCGUAAUCGAAGCCGGUGGUGCAUCCGGUCACGUUUCCUUGAAGAAUUUGGUUCCAUGUUUGGUGGAAUCGUUGAGUAACCGUGAUUGGGCGGUGAGGAAGGCUGCAGCGGAGACGCUGGUGGUGUUGGCUAACGUCGAGAGAGAUUUCUUGUCGGAAUUCAAGUCUGAUUGUUUGAAAGAUUUUGAGAAUCGAAGAUUUGAUAAGGUAAAAUUAGUUCGUGAAGUUAUGAUUCAGAUGUUGGAAUCGUGGAAGCAUAUCCCUGAUACUUCUGAUGAAUUUUCACCACCUCCUAAAUCGCAAUCUUCUUCUAAAGAGAAUGGAAGUGAUGGAGAUUAUCCUCCAAUUUCGCAAAGUUCAUGUAAUCCUGGUUCAGUAAUGGCGAACCUGCGGAGGAAAUCAGCUCCUGUUAGCCGAUUCAGUCCACCAGAUAGCUCUUCUGCUAGCAAUGGAAAGAAUGUGAGUGCUUUAAGUAGUAACAAGAGAAGGAGUUCAGUUGUUUCACGAAAAUUAAACCAUCAGAAUUGGGAUGUUCAAGUGUCCAUGACUGAUCAGGGUGAUCUCCAGGAGACGGAUGAAAAUGAAACUUCUUUGGAAACAAACAAGAUUGGUAAAAACAGAUUUCUUAGGCCAGAAAUGAAUCGGGCGCUGUUAAAUAAAAAUUCUGAUGAUAGAAUAAAAAAGCACGGUGGCUCCAAAGCUGGAUCUCGUGUAGUUCCAUAUCAUGAUGAGAGUCAAAGCUCAGCUCCUGUGAGUAAUGUUGCCAAAGAUCUUUUUAAGAAGGACAAAGAAAGUGAAGAAUUAUCUUUGAUUCGUAACCAAUUACACCAAAUUGAGAAGCAACAAUCCAGUCUACUUGAUCUUCUGCAGAAAUUCAUGGGAACCUCACAAAAUGGAAUGCAAUCUUUAGAGACCCGUGUACAUGGCCUUGAGUUGGCAUUGGAUGAUAUCUCUUAUGAUUUGGCUGUAUCAAAUGGAAGGAUAACUAAUUCUAAUGUCCCUCGUAAUACAUGUUGCUUGCUAUCUGGAGCAGAUUUUUUUAGCUCCAAAUUCUGGAAAAGAACACAGGGCCAGUAUUCAUCCCCGUUGUUCUCUAGACGUACUGCUGCUCCAUCACUUGCUUCCAAGCACUACCCAGCUGGAAGGAAUGCUGAGACUAACUUUACAAGCCAACGAUUCAGGCUUGAUGGAGGUUUCAUCACUAAUCCUCUGGCAGCUGCACACACUAAUUCAAGGGGUUUUGCUUGAUCUGAGCCAAUCUAAAAAGAACGCUAGUGUUUUGCCUCUGGACUACGCACAGUCUUUGAAGCCAUCGCCCACGGACAUACAACUGAUACCAGUCUUGGCACUAUACGCAUCAUUCAAUUCUUACUCGUAUGCCCUUUUUUUUCCAUUACUGUAUUUCUUACUUUGUUGCAGAUGUGCUUGGUCAUUUUAUUCUCAAUCAGAGUAGUGUUGAUUGAUAGAACUUCUGAUCGAAAUUGCAUAUUCUGUUUCAUCAAACUAUGAUUUAAUCAAUAUAUAUACAUUUGUUGUGCUA